AUGGCAAAUAUUGAAACUCUGCCGCCUGGAUUUGAGAGUGGAACGCUCGGAUAUAUGGCACAGUUGGGCAUCUUUACCUAUCCAACUCUAAAGCUUGAAAGGGAUGUUAUGAUUGGGCCGUCCGUUUUCCUAAAUUACUAUCUUUACCUUGAUUUCUACAUCUACUUGUUCUCACCACAGGUUUCUGUCGUUACGUUCACUCUGAUAUUUUGA